GCUCGGAGCACCUUCUCCAGCACAGCCCGGCCGGCAGCCUGCCCGCGGCCCUUCAUACCAAGCGGGCUGGGCGCGCACUAAUGUUUAACUAGAGGCCGAACUUAGGAGCGCCCCGAGACUCCGCGGCCCAGAGCGCAGAGCUGGCCGGAGUUGGACGCGCGACUCGGUGACUCGCCCGAGUUCUGCCGCGCUCCUGCUCCGAAAGCUCAGCUCGAGGAGACGCCACGAUGAGGACACCAUGGAUUGUGCUCCUGGCACUGCUGGGCGUCGGCGUGCUCAUCACCAUCAUCACCGUGCCGGUGGUUCUGCUGACCCAAAAUGAGACAGCUGACAAUCGCCCAACCUACACUCUGGCUGAUUACUUGAAAAAUACUUACAGACUGAAAUACUACACCUUACGAUGGUUUUCAGAUCAUGAAUAUCUCUACAGACAAGAAAAUAAUAUCUUGCUAUUCAAUGCUGAAUAUGGAAACAGUUCCAUUUUCUUGGAGAACAGUACACUUGAUGGAUUUGGAUACUCCAUAAAUGAUUAUUCAGUAUCUCCUGAUGGACUGUUUAUUCUCUUAGAGUACAACUAUGUGAAGCUAUGGAGGCAUUCAUACACAGCUUCAUAUGACAUUUAUGACUUAAGUAAAAGGCAACUGAUCACAAGUGAGAGAAUUCCAAAUGAAACACAGUGGAUCGCAUGGUCACCAGAGGGUCAUAAAUUGGCAUAUGUUUGGGAAAAUGAUAUUUAUGUUAAAAAUGAACCACAUGAACAAGCCAAGAGGAUCACAUCGAAUGGGAGACGAGAUGUGAUAUUUAACGGAAUAACUGACUGGGUUUAUGAAGAGGAAAUCUUCAGUGCCUACUCCGCUCUGUGGUGGUCUCCAAACGGCACUUUUUUAGCAUAUGCCGAAUUUAACGACACAGAAGUCCCGCUUAUUGAAUACUCCUUCUACUCUGAUGAGUCACUGCAGUACCCAAAGACUGUGCGGAUUCCAUAUCCAAAGGCAGGAACUGCGAAUCCAACUGUAAAGUUCUUUGUUGUAAAUACUGAUGCUCUUAAUCCAGGCCCCCCUGCACCUGUACCUAUCACUGCUCCUGCUUCUGUUUUGACAGGGGAUCACUACUUGUGUGAUGUGACAUGGGUGAACCCAGAAAGGAUUUCCUUGCAGUGGCUCCGGAGGAUUCAGAACUAUUCAGUCAUGGAUAUUUGUGAUUAUUCUCAAGUAGAUGGACGAUGGGACUGCGCAGUGGACCGGCAACACAUUGAAGAGAGUACUACUGGCUGGGUUGGAAGAUUCAGGCCUGCAGAGCCUCAUUUUACCUCUGAUGGCAACUAUGUCUACAAGAUCAUCAGCAAUGAACUUGGCUAUAAACACAUUUGUAGGUCCCCAGUAAAAGGGAAAAGUUGCACAUUUAUUACAAAAGGAGAGUGGGAAGUCAUCGGAAUAGAAGCUCUUACAAGUGAUUACCUAUACUAUAUUAGUAAUGAACACAAAGGAAUGCCAGGAGGAAGGAAUCUUUAUAAAAUCCAACUUAGUGACACCACAAACGUGAGAUGCAUUACUUGUGAUCUGUAUCCAGAAAGGUGUCAGUACUAUGCUGUGUCAUUUAGUAAAGAUGCAAAGUAUUAUCAACUGAGAUGUUCCGGCCCUAAGCUGCCCCUGUAUACUCUGCAUAGGAGCGCGGAUGAUAAAGAACUGAGAGUCCUGGAAGACAAUUCGGCUUUGGAGAAUAUGCUGAAGGAUGUCCAGAUGCCCUCCAAAAAACUGGACUAUAUUACUUUGGAUAAAACGAAAUUUUGGUAUCAGAUGAUCUUGCCUCCUCAUUUUGAUAAAUCCAAGAAAUAUCCUCUACUAAUAGAUGUAUAUGCAGGUCCCUGCAGUCAAAAAGUAGAUGCUGUCUACAGACUCAGCUGGGCUACUUACCUUGCAAGCACAGAAAACAUUAUAGUAGCUAGCUUUGAUGGCAGAGGAAGUGGUUACCAAGGAGACAAAAUCAUGCAUGCAAUCUACAGAAGACUGGGAACAUUUGAAGUUGAAGAUCAAAUUGAAGCAGCCAGACAAUUUUCAAAGAUGGGAUUUGUGGACAGUAAACGGAUGGCAAUUUGGGGCUGGUCAUAUGGCGGGUACGUAACCUCAAUGGUCCUGGGAGCAGGAAGUGGCGUGUUCAAGUGUGGAAUCGCCGUGGCGCCCGUGGCUCGGUGGGAGUACUAUGACUCAGUGUACACAGAACGUUAUAUGAGUUUGCCAGAAGACAACCUUGACCAUUACAAGAAUUCAACAGUCAUGAGCAGAGCUGAAAAUUUUAAACAAGUUGAGUACCUCCUUAUUCAUGGAACAGCAGAUGAUAACGUUCACUUUCAGCAGUCAGCUCAGAUCUCCAAAGCCCUGGUGGAUGCUGGAGUGGAUUUCCAGGCAAUGUGGUAUACUGACGAAGACCAUGGAAUCGCCAGCAGCACAGCUCACCAACAUAUAUACACCCACAUGAGCCACUUCAUAAAGCAGUGUUUCUCCUUACCAUAGCACCUGAAAACAACAUGCCAUUUAAAGCUUAUUAAGAGCAAAUUUUGUUCUCAACAUCACAAACUGCUAUAAAAAAUUUUUAAAACACACUCAAAUCAAGAAAUUUAAGGCAAUCCUCAUUUCCAAAUUUCAUACCUAUCAUCCUAAGUAGGUAUUUCUGUCUUAAUAACAGAUUAUUACCUUACAGAAGCUUGAUUAUUCAGAUUGAUUUUAUUAUUUAAAAUCACUUCUACAUUAAUUGCUGCCAUAGGAAAUAAGAAAUGUGUUUAUGGGGGCUUUGCAUAAGUUCCCUGGACAGCAUUUGUUUCCUAACGGGACUAGUCCAAAUCUUGUUCUUUUCUUUAAAGGGAUGGCAAGAUAUGGGCAGCGAUGUCAGUGACCAAAGAAAGGAUGUGAAACGAGGGGUAGGGAGAGAAGCUGUAGGGCAUGACUGAUAACCCACGUCCACGCACGCCGACCCGACCAGGUUGUUGUCAGCUCCUCUCAGAAAAGAGCUGCUCACAGCCAGACUUGCACAGUUUUCUAAGAAAGACUAUUCAAACAGUCUCAGGAAAUCAUAUAUGCAAAGCACUGACUUCUGAGUAAAACCACAGCAGUUGAAUAGACUCCAAAGAAACGAGAGGGAAACUGUCAACAAUGCAAGGCCUCCAGGUGCCAGUUAUGGCCAUAGGUGCUACAAAAACACAGCAAGGGUGAUGGGAAAGCCUUGUAAAUGUGCUUUAAAAAAUACUGAUGUUUCCUGGUGAAAGAGGCAGCUUGGAACUGAGAUGCGAACACAUCAGCUUGCCCUGUUCAAAGAUGAAAAUAUUUGUAUCACAAAUCCUAACUUGAAGGAUUCCUUGCAUCCGUUUUUCUUAUUUCAUUCCUUUGAGUAUCUUAAUUACAAGGAUGUUUUAACUUCCUUGGAAUUGUUUUUAAAAUUUAAAAAUAAGUUAGAUUUUUAUGUAUUUUUUUUCCAUUUUACGUACUGUGCAAUUUCUUCUGGUCAUUUAUUAAAUAUGCCUUCAUUUUUUUUCAGAGAUAAUGUGUUUUGUGUCUUAAAUCAGACCUAAACCACACUGGCAUAUGGACGCAUUUAUCCAGAAAGUCUCUUGUUUAUUUUGUUUUUAUCCCAGACUGCCUUGUAAACAUGGAAAGAGUUCAGUUUUUGAAAGAAAUUAGAUACUUAGAAAUGUGUUAAAUUAAGCAGUUCUUAGGGGUUUUGUCUAAUCCAUAUACAAAUGUUGUUAUUAUACAUCCACCUUUUGAAAAAUCAACUUAAAAUAAUUUUGGUUAUUUAAAUAAUACAUAAUUUAUAAUUUUAUUACAGGGAAUUAUGAUGAAGCUCAUAUUGUAAGAACAGAUAUUAUCAACAGUAUCAUUGCUAGCUCUGAUGGCUCAGCAGAAGUAAACAAAAAAUUUAAAUCAGUCACUUCAUAAGUAUUUGCCUAUUUUGGUUAACAUGCUAUAGUCAAUGCCUAGAUUUCAGAUGUAGAAUUUACCCCAGCAGUGUAAUGACUAGAUAACUGAAGAAACAUGAUCUUUUUAUAACAUCAUUUGCAAAUUAACCUUAUUUAAAACAACUGAUUUUAUGAACUUAAACUUUGCUUUAGAUAAUUUGCUAGAAAGUUAUCCCAGGGUGAGCCACAGCAUAGAAAUCUAAAAAUGGACGAAAUGGAGAAUAUCUACCAUUCAACAUGAGAGUGUGAGUCACACAUAGGAAUGGACAGAGGAUUAUGAAAUUCAGUUUUAACUAUUUUCAGAGUAUGUCAAAUCCUAUUCACCCAUUGGAACUAUACACCAAUGUUAAAACCUAUAAGGCUCUUGUCACAAUUCUAUUUUAAUAUAUUGAGCACAAUCAUCAUCAGUAGCUGGAGCAAACUUUGCAGAGUUCUAUAUCCAGAAACAAUAGCCAUAGAUCAAAUGUUCACAUCCUGGGCUGAAUUAAUAGUCAAAAAGCAAAUUAUAUAGAAGUCCUCCUUUUGUCUUCAUUGAAACCAGAUAUCACACAAUAUCAAAUACUGAAUAGAUAACAAGGCCAUUCUUAUACAAUAGUAGAUAUUAGGACCAAUUGUAUAAUACCUUAUA